AUGUCCGCGCCAGCCGUCAAAUCGACCCCGCUCGUCGCGCCGGGGCACACGCGCCCCGUUACCCACCUCUCCUUCUCCCCGAUCCUCGAUGACGGCACGUACUUGCUCAUCUCGAGCUGCAAGGAUGGCAACCCUAUGCUCCGCGAAUGGACCGGCGACUGGAUCGGCACCUUCCUCGGUCACAAGGGCGCCGUCUGGUGCACCAAGCUCUCGCCCGACUCGUCCAGAGCCGUCUCCGCUAGCGCUGACUUCACUGCCAAAGUGUGGGAUACGUACUCGGGCGAGGUUCUGCAUUCCUUCCCGCACAACCACAUUGUGCGCACGGUCGCGAUCUCGCCCUCGGCGACGCACGUCCUCACGGGAGGGCAGGAGAAGCUCGUCCGCAUAUUCGACCUCUCGCGGCCAGACGGUCAGCCGGAUGUGCUCCUUACGGACGGCGCGACCACCUCGCACGAUGGCACUGUCAAGAGCGUCGUCUGGGUCGGCGAACACACCGGCGUGAGUGCCGGCGAAGACGGGCAGAUCAAAUGGUGGGAUCUACGAACGCGCCAGCUCACGACUUCGCUUUCGUUCCCGGGGCCGAUCACUUCGAUGGAGCUUUCGCCGCAGACGAACCUGUUGGUGGUUACCUCUGGCAAGACGGUCGCGUUCAUCCCCGCGCUCCCGACCGGUGGGAGCACGCACACGCUCACGCUGCCGUACGCCCCGUCGAGCGCGUCGAUCCACCCGACGCUCAAGGACCGAUUCGUGACCGGCUCGACGACGGACGAGUGGGUGCGGGUGCACGGCAUGGACGGUGAGGAGCGCGAGGUGCUGAAGGGUCACCAUGGUCCUGUGCACUGCGUCGAGUUCAGCCCGGAUGGCGAGAUGUUCGCGAGCGGGAGUGGUGCGUGGCUUUUCAUUCCGUUCGCUACCGCCAUCGACGCUGACGUAUGUUGUCCGACUUCUAUCUGCAUCCUCCAUCGUUAUGGCAUGAUACGCUCAGAGGACGGCACCAUCCGAUUGUGGCAGACGAACCCGGGGAAGAGCUACGGGCUUUGGAUCGGCCAGAGUAACGGCUCAUAG